AUGCCCUCUAUUCCAAAAACUUACAAACUCUCCAGUGGCUAUCUUCUACCCUCAUUGGGCUUGGGAACCUAUGACAUCCCAAGGGCGGAGACCACUGAAGUGGUGUACGAGGCUUUGAAAGCCGGAUACAGACACUUGGAUACUGCGGUGUUGUAUGGGAAUGAGGAAGAAGUUGGCCAAGGUAUUCACAAGUGGUUGCAAGAAGACCCUAGUAAGAAUAAACGGAACGACGUGUUCUACACUACAAAGCUUUGGAAUUCGCAAAACGGUUACAGCAAUGCCAAGCGUGCCAUCAAGGAAUGUUUGGCCAAAGUGGAACCCUUAGGCUACAUCGAUCUGCUACUAAUUCAUUCACCGCUAAGUGGCUCCAGAGGGAGACUAGAAACUUACAAGGCAAUGCAGGAAGCGGUUGAUCAAGGAAUUGUGCGUUCAAUUGGAGUGUCCAACUACGGUGCGCACCAUGUGGAUGAGCUACUGGCUUGGCCAGAACUCAAGCACAAGCCCGUCGUCAACCAGAUAGAGAUCUCGCCUUGGAUCAUGCGCCAGGAGCUUGCAGACCACUGCAAGGCCAAGGGUUUGGUCGUGGAGGCGUUUUCACCGCUCACUCACGGGUACAAGCUCAAAGAUCCAAAAGUUCUCCAGGUGGCCAAGGAAACCGGCCACGAUGCUGGACAAGUGUUGAUUCGUUGGUCCCUCCAGCAUGGAUACGUUCCACUGCCUAAAUCACGUUCUGUAGCCAGACUCACAGGCAAUUUGGAGGCGUACGAUUUUGAGCUUACACCGGAGCAGGUGGAAUUCCUGGAUCAACCAGAGGCUUACGAGCCCACUGACUGGGAAUGCACCGACGCUCCAUAA